AUGACCAGUGCCAAGGAGACUCAUGACGUGGCAUUGGCGGAGACUGGUUCACCGGAGGAGGCGCAUUUGGUCUUGGUGCCGAAGCCAAGUGAUCACCCGCGCGACCCCCUAAAUUGGCCCUCGCGGCGCAAGUAUAUCAUUCUCGGGGUACUAUGUUUGGCUUCUUUUGCGGGCGCGAUCGCGCCCCUUUCGGCGCAGUUGAACCUGGAAGGUCAGGCCAAAUUAUACCACAAGACAACGUUGCAAGAAUCAUUUGCGAACUCAGCUGCUUUGGCUGGCAUGGCCGGUGGGCCAUUUUUCUUCGCGCCUAUCGCGCACCGUCUUGGUCGCAGUUCAUUGAUAUUCUGGUGUAUCUUAUUCACCCUGAUAUGUCAAAUCUGGGGAGCUCUCAUGACCCACCCAGGGGAUUAUAUUCCGUUCAUCAUCUCCCGACUAUUCACCGGCUUCUUUGGUGCGGUGCCGACUGUCCUGGGCCCGAGGGUGGUCACUGAUUUAUUUUUUUUACAUCAGCGAGGACGAGCAUUCACUGCGUUGCACAUGUCGUUCUUGUUUGGCACCAUUGCUGGUCCGACAAUCUCCGGCUUCAUAUCUGCAGAGGCAUUCUUCCCAGUCGAGUUCUGGUGGACUGUCGGUCUAUUGGGGCUCACUCUGAUCUGCUGCUUUUUCUGUCUUGAAGAGACCGGGUUUGAUCGCAUGGACCUAGAGAGGAACCCCCCGGUCCCGCUCUCGUUUCUGGAAAAUCGAUUGGUGACAUUCUUCUUCGGGCGUCGAGUGGUGCGUCCGGAUUCUUGGAAAAAUACAGUCAGUCCUGUCAAUACCCACAUGGUCAAAAUCGGAUUCACACCCUUCCUCAUCGGCAUAUGCCCCGUCACAGUCAUCAUGGGCCUCUUCACCCUCAUCUCCUUCGGCUUCUACGUCGGCGUCAACGCCCUCACCCCCGUCUGGCUCCAGAAGCCCGUCGCCGCCGGCGGCUACGGCUUCACCCUGAAACAAAACGCCGCCUUCACAUUCUCCCACUGGAUAGGCAUCAUUUUCGUGCUCAUUCUCGGCCACCACCUGAACGACCGACUCCCGCUCGCACUCGCACGGCGCUGGAACAACGGCGUCUGGAAACCCGAGUAUCGUCUGCACGUGCUCUGGCUACCAAGUCUCAUCCUCAAUCCCAUCGGGCUGGGUAUUUUUGGCGCCGCUCUGCAAUACCAUCUCCAUUAUAUGGUGCUCGCGCUGGCGGUCUUCCUGGUCACGAUCGGGUCGCUGGCUAGUGUGCCUGUCACUGUGAAUUAUGUCGUCGAGUGCUUCACCAAAUACCCGGCGGAAGCGGGUAUUGUGAUUGGUGCGUAUCGCAUAGCGUACGGACUGACGAUCAGCUUUUACAUCAAUCCGUGGGUGGAUGCCGUUGGCGUCGGCUGGGUGUAUGGGAUGAUGGCGUUCUUUGCUGUGUUGUCCUUCUUCUUUGUCAUGCUGCUGAUGUGGAAGGGACACGCUAUCCGUGAGAUUCAGUUCACCAGUCUUGCGUCGAGUGAGGAGGGGGAGAAAUUGAUGGACUAA